AUGGCCUCCCGAAGCUCAGCCCGCCUCUUGCAGGCGCUUCAGCCGGUCGUGCUGCGCCGCGCCACCCCCCUUCGGACAACUCUGCGUCUCUACUCAUCCGACGCCGCGCCGGCCCAACCCCGGCUCCUGGCCACCCUCAAGAGUGACCUCAAGACGGCCAUGCGCGCAAAGGACGCGGCCCGUCUCUCCGUCCUCCGCUCCGUCCUCUCCGCCACCAACAACGCGGCCAAGACCAGCUCUCCCAUCGCCACCGACGCCCAGCUCGUCGCCCUCCUGCGCAAGACCCAGCGCGCCACCCAGGACGCCGCCGCUCAGUUCCGCGCCGCUGGCCGCGACGACCUCGCCGACAAGGAGGAACUCCAGGCCAAGGUCAUGGCUGAGUACAUCGCCACCAGCGGCGUCGUCGCCGUUACUGAGGCCGACAUCCGCGUGCUCAUCGGGAAGGCCGUCGAAGACGUCGCCGCCGCCGGCAAGAGCGGCCUGGGCGAGGUCAUGAAGCUCAUCAACGUUGCCAUUCAGGGCAAGGACCUUGAGGUCGACAAGAAGCGUGUCGCGGACCUGGUCAAGGAGGCCUUGAAGAAGGAAUAA